CGAUAUUUCCAUAAGUUAUUAUUGAUAUCAAUUCCAAUUAUAUAUUGAUCAUUAAAAACUUUAAUUUGUUUAAAUGGAGAUUCUGAUAUAGCAAUACUAUUAAUAAGGUAAAAAAAAUUAUUAAUUACUCAUCUUAAAAAAAGAGAGAUAAAUAAAAAGGUUUACAUACUAUUUUUUAUUAGUAGAGUAUUUAUAAAUAUAAUGAUCACUGCCUAUGAUCCAUAAUGACCUAUAAUCACUAUAAUCAUCAUCCAUUUGAGAAAUAGGACAAGAAAUUUGAUAAUAUUUUUUUAAACAAUCCACUAAAAAAAAAAAUGAAUGUCAAUUGUAUUUACAAAAAAAACAAUUCAUAAUAUACUUUACAUACAACAUGCCCAGCUAUAUGUGUCAGGCGAAUCAUAAAAAGCUUGAAUUAAAUGAUUACGAGAAUCUAUAGUAUAAAUCAAAUAAGAACUAUAAACGGAGACAUUUUUAUGUUCAUAAUUUCCAUAACUAAUUCGUUCCCUUUAAUAAACAUGUUAACUUAUUUUAAUCAAUAUUAUUUUAAAACAAUAUUUGAUAUUUGUAAAUAAAAAUUGAAAAACCUUUUACCAUUUAUCAGUUCUAAUAUAUACUUCAUUAUCUUUUUUAGUAAUAGCUAUAGUUCCAUCAGCUCCAAUAGAGAAAUCUAAAACAUCAGAUUCCUUAAAUAUCAAAGAUUCUAGGACCGGAUACCAAUGAAAAAGCUAUGUAAUAUAUUAAAGUGCAUGUUGAUAUUAUAUUAAAAAGGCAAUAGAAUCAUUUUGUACAUUACACUUUACUUC